AUGGGUACGGCUGGGCGCCAGUUUGCAGCCCUGCUCUGGAAGAACUGGCUCUGCAGACUCAGGCAUCCGGUCCUUUCUCUUGCUGAAUUCUUUUGGCCAUGUAUCCUGUUCAUGAUUCUGACAGUGCUACGCUUUCAAGAACCUCCCAGACACAGAGAUGAUUGUUUUUUGCAAGCCCGGGAUCUGCCCAGCCGAGGUGUCUUCCCCUUUGUCCAGGCCCUUCUUUGCAACACCGGGUCGACCUGCAGGAACACGAGCUACGCGGGGCCGACGGAGUACCAUUUACGUUCGUCUAGGUUCCAGGCUGCAGCUGGCCGUCAUGAGAAGGUCAACAACCUGGCCUUCCUGAAAGAGAUACAGGACCUUGCUGAGGAAAUUUGUGAAAUCUUGGACAAGGCAAAAAUCCUACAGGAACUGUGGGCAGGAAGAUCCAAGGCUCCAGAUUCUUCUCCCAGCUCCAGUUUUUUAGCCAUGGAUCUCAGUAAGACCGAAGAGGUGAUCUCGAAAUUGGAAAAACUCCACCAGCAGCCUCACAUCUGGAAUUUUCUACUUCUUCUGCCGAGACUGUACGCAAACAACAUUCGAGUGGAAGACCGCAUCCGUGGUGGGGCACACCUCCUCCAGGCGGCUUUGAAUUCCUUGGCAACUUUGGAAGAUUUAGAUUGGCUGCCACUCAACCACACUUUCUCCACCGUUUCUGAAAUUGUGCUGAAUGUGACCAUUUCGACGCUGACAUUUCUGCAGGAGCAUGGAGCGGCCACCACUGAGUCCAGAUACAACCUGUCCCUGCAAGAGCUGGUGUGGGAUCCACAGACGGUCCAGGCUGACCUCAGAUCCCGAUUUGGUUUCGAUGACCUUCAUGCAGAACAAAUCCUGAAUUACUCAGCUCAGCUGCAGGAGAUUCCCACAGAGGAGGCCUUGGAGCGGAUGGUGUGUUCCAUCUUGUCCGGAACCUCCGAGGAUGAAGCUGACCAAGAGGGUCACGCCGGAGACUGUCACCCCCGCUGGUCCAAGGCCAAAGACUACCUGGUGCACGCGGUCAACUGGCUGCAAGUCUACAAGCAGGUGUUCGAGCGGUGGUGGAAGGGCAGCAUGCUCCAGCAGGUGCUCGCCGGGGCUGCCCGCGGACUGGAGGCUCUCGGCAAUGCGUUUGUGGAAGAGCGUGAGCCACGGCAGGUGGUGGAGGCUCUGUAUGCUGUGCUUCGCAUCCUGAAUGAGAGCUUGGCGGCAGAUGGCCCCACCGACAGCCAUCCGUCUCCCAAGACGUUACUGCAUCUGCAGAAGUUGGAGAAUGUUCUUUGGGACCUGCCCCCGUGGUGGCCGGCUCUGAAGAGAUUGCUUCCGCUCCUCGGGGCUCUCAGGAACGCGAUAGCCCAGAAUUUGCGUUUUGUGCAAGAAGUGCUCACAUGCCUGGAGAGAUCAGCUAACAGCUCCAGACUGGGCGGACCCGACCAGUUGCAACCGGAAAAGGAUGUGCUCUUUCGGUGGAAGCAGCUCUUGGUGAAGAAUGCUACGGAUUGGCCUCUAAAUGUGAGCUUGCCCGGGAGGGAGGCUCUCCUGUGUUUUGGGAACCCUGGCGCCUGGGAGGGCUUCCGAGGGCUGACGUGUCCCCACGACUCCUCCAACAAGACCAGCAUUUUAAACAAGCUACUGAGGUCAGCAGAGGACGCGGAUCGCCUUUUGCAAGAGGUCGUCACUGGGUGCACAGAUGUGCCAGUUUCGGGACCCGAAGGGCUUCUGGGCUGGCAGGAAGUGGCGGUGCAGCUGGUGGACGUGGGCCUUUCCUGCAGGCGGCUCUGCCAAUGGCCGGGAGCGGCCACCUCACCCGGGGACCGUGACCUUGCUGGUGACUGUAAGGACCAGCUUGCCACAGCGCUGAUACUUCAUGCACUAGGAAAAGUACAGUUGUCCCUGGAAGAAACAUCCUGCUGGAAAGGCUUCACAGGAUUUAUCAGGAAGACCUGUGAACUGGUCCGCUAUGUGAACAUGCAAGGAAGCGUCCAGAACGGUCCGUCUGCAUUCUCUGAGGAAUCUCCUUGUUAUGAAGAAAACAUGGAUUGGGAAGUCAUCACCGAUAAUUAUUUCACAUUUUUGAGGAACUUACUCAAGUCUCCAGCUGCUUCCAUCUCCAGGGUCUUGAAUUCCACAAAGGAACUUCUCAUGAUGGAAAAGAAGUUGCAUUCCCUCGAGGAUGAGGAUAUAAACUUUUUUUUAUCUUUUGUGGGAUUUUUGGAGAAAUUAUUGCCUGAUCCUUUCUACUCACCCAGCAUGCCCAAAUUCCAUGCCCUCCCAUCUCUCACUGAGACUCUUCUGAACACAAGUCACUUGUGGGUAAAUCAUUUAAGAAGUUUAGAGAGCGACCCAUCUCCUAUUGAUACUCAGAAACUUUUGGAAUUUGGCAAAGCGGUGAUCGACAAAAUAGAAACUCUUGAAUGUCUCUGGAUAAAGAACGAAUCGAACAAUAUUUUGAGGUUCAUGGAAUUAGUACUUUUUGAAAUUGAUCCCAAGCUCCUGGAAUUGUGGAUGUAUGGCAUUUCAAAAGGAGAAAGAGUCAAGUUGGAAACCUUGUCUACACUUCUUAAUUUUUCUGUCCCAGAAGAUGAGAGGGUCCUUAGCAAGAGCCUUAACUUUUCCCAGUUGUUCCAUUCACACUGGCCUCAAUCGCCAGCUGUGGAAAUGGACUUUGUACAUUUGAGUGAAACUGUGAUAUGCAGUCUCUAUGAAUUCGGAUUUCUGAAGCAGGGACAAGUCUCUGAAGCUCUGGACACAGUCUAUGCUAUAAGGAAUGCAUCUGAACUUUUCUCAGCCCUUUCUGAGCCCGAAAGACGAGACGUUGAUACGAUCUUGACUCAGAUAUAUCUACAUGUCUUCCAGGACAAUGAUUCAGCGUUGCUUCUGAAGAUUUAUUCUUCAUGUUUCCAAUAUAUUUAUAAAUUCUUGAGCAUUCCGAGCACAGAGCCUUUGCUAUCUUUCCUUGCACAAACCUCAGAGCACAUUUUGGAUAACAUAAAGCAAUUCAAUUUUCAAAACAUCAGUAAAGCAUUUGCAUUUUUGUAUGAGACAACAGGGGUUCUUGAGGGACUUUCUGAGGGAUCUUCUUGUCAGCAGUUGCUUUCAAUUUUUAACUACUUGGAGCUUCAAGCCCAAUCCCUGAUGUCUACAGAGGGCCCAGAACUGGGAGUGAUCCAUGCCACAUUGACAGGCCUCAAACAGCUGCUCAUGGUAGACGAAGAUUUCCGUAUUUCUUUCUUUCAAUACAUGAGCCAGCUCUUCAAUGGAUCAGUCGAAGCCCUGUCGGGUAAUGAAUGCUUUUCCUUGGAUAAUAAGAACAUCUCUUCUGUAGAUUAUUCAAUAGAUAGAGGGUCUUCAUUUAUUCUUCCGUGGGCACAAAUUCUUUCCAACCUCUCAGCGAACAGCACUAUGUUCAAUGAGUUAAUGGCUGUUCACUGUACUGUUUCAUGGCUUCAAAUGUGGACUGAAAUCUGGGGAAGCAUAUCUCAAAUAUUCCAGUUUGACAUGAACAUUUUCACUCCUCUUCACGUGGGUCUCACUCAGCUUCUGGAUGAAUUGGAAAGUGAUGUGAAAAUUUCUAAAAGCUGCCAGGGAAUAUUUCCCACCCAUCGCCCUGCCAGACUCAUACUGAAUUUGUUUAAAAAUGUAACUCAAGCUGAUGGCUUUCAUGACUGGGAUGAUUUUUUGACUCUCAGAGAUCUCUGGGUAGUAUUAGGUGAUGCAUUAGUUAGGGUAAAGUCACUUAGCCCCGACCAAGUAGCGAAGUCCCUUUUCACCAUGGAAACUGCCCUGCGUCAUCUAAAGAUAUUUCCCUUAAACACAAAUGCAAGCAGAGAGUUUUUCUAUUCUCUGCUUGACGUUUUCAUGGAGUUAAGUGAUACCUCAGCAUACACCGACAGAAACAUCCAACUAAUAAAUCACUUGCUUUCAAAUAACGUCACAAAUUAUGGAGUGAAGUUUGAAAAUGUGGUCACCAAGCUAAGAGAAACAAUGUUAUUGCUUCGAAAUGUGUCACAUGACCAAGAUUUAUUGUCCUGUGCCGAUAUUUUCCAAAAUGUUACUGAGUUUAUUUUGGAAGAUGACUUAUUACACGUAAAUACUUCACAGAGGACAUUACGUAUUCUGGCCAUGUUAAAUUCCACAUUUUCCUCCGAGGACAUGAUUAGCAGACUGAAGGGGUGCAUUGCAUGGGUAGAUAUCACGAACCAUCUGUACAUGAUGUAUAACUCCAGUGUUGCACAAGCCUAUCCUCAGGGUAAUUGGAGGAGUUUCAGAGAUGUGGAAGACAAAAUUAACUCUACAUUGAAGCUUUUUACUUGGAUUCUCAAUAUAAAGGGACCUCACUGCACACUGAAUAAUUCAGAUGUAAAUUGUGUGAAUAUUGUAUUGAAAAAUGUAACUGACUUUCUGAAUGCCAUGCUCACCGAAGUCUUUGAAAAGGAAAAGGUACCCAAAUUUGAGAUCUUAUUAACCCUUUUAAAUGAUUCCACAAACCAAGUAAGGAUGAUUAUCAACAACUUGACAAGAGACUUUGAUUUUGUAUCUCAUUCCAACUGGCCACGUUUUACCGAAUUAAUUCUAAGACCCGUAGAAUUGUCAGAUGACAUGCCUAGUCAGUUUACAAAUCUUUGGCUGCAUUUAGUAGCUCUGGGGAAGGAAAUUCAGAAACUUAGGAAGGAUAUUUCCACUCACAUCCUAGAAAAUGACACCUCUUCUACAUCUGAAAAGUUUUUAAAUCUAUUUGUUACCAGUCCAAAAGAAAAGGAUGUCAACAGGUUAGGCAGUUCAUUUUAUCAUUUAGCCAGCUACCUUGACUUCAACUUCUCUCAUGAUCUCCAAAAUCCACCACAAAUAAUUCCACACAAAAUCAUGAACGCUGUAGGUCUUUGUAUCCAACUGAUUAGGGAUGUGUUCAACUCCCUGGCACCCUCGGUUCUUCACAAUAUUCCACAAGAUCCAGGUGAUAUUCAAGUUUUCAAGAAGGUAGCGUCUCUCCUGCGCACUCUCAAGAAGACAGACAUAGACCUGCUGGUCGACCAACUUGAGCAAAUGAGUGAAAGCCUAAUGGAUUUCUUUAAGAAUAUCAGUAGCUUCGGUACCGGCAGUUUGGGGGCCAACCUGCUUGUGGGCUUGGUGGAAAAAUUUGUAGACAGCUCACAUUCUUGGAAUGUUAAUCAUCUGCUGAAAUUCUCACGCUUGUUCCCUAAGGAUGAUGUUAACGCUGUGGUAGACGUGUACUACAUGCUUCCUCGUGCCGUGAGGCUCCUGCAGACGGGAGUUGACAAAAACAUCACAGAAGUCCUCAAGGAUGUCUAUAACUUUACUCUCCUUCAUGGCAUAAGCAUUUCCAAUGUCACCAAGGAAGACUUUGCUAUCGUGAUAAAAACUCUUUUGGACGCAGUUGAAUUAAUAUCAGAGAAAUCAGGAAUUCUUUCCGAGGCUUUCACUUGCCUUCCUGUGGUUUGGUGCUGGAAUCACACAACUUCUGGGUUUUGGCAGAAUCCGAAGUUAGAUGCCUGUAAAUCCUAUGAGCUCACAUCGUCUUUCUUUUAUGGCAAAGUGGCCAGUCUCCUCAACCACCUCCACCUCUCUCCCCCAGGUGAAGGUUUACAGUGUUUGGAUGAAGGCUCACAGAAGGAGAUUAUGAGGAAGAUGGUCUGUGUAAUUCAUGAACUAGCGCACUGGAAUUCCAUUCUUCUAGAGCUUUCUGAAGUCUUCCACGUUAAAAUUUCGCUUGUGAAGACCAUGCAGGAAUUUUGGCAUAAAGUGUUACCAUUUGUCCUGUCGUCCGAAAAUCAAAGCAAUGGCAGCAUCUCUGAACUUUGUCCUAGUGGCCCCAUAAAGCAAAUUGCUUCGCAAAUCUUAGCAAAAUUAAAAAAUGUUAACUCUACAAAAAUUCCAUUAGAUGGAAACAUUCUUGAUAGAUUAGCUAGUUUAAACAAGAUCCUUAACAUUAGUGAAGGCACAGAGGCAUCUCUCCGAAAUACAAUUUCUUUCACUUUGGAAAAGAUCAUGAAAUUGCCUUCUGGGGAUCAGCACCUAGAAAAUACUACCCGUUCCCUGGACCCUCCAUUUGUGACGUUUCUAGAUGCCAAUCUGACAGGCAGUAAUUUAGAAGCAUCAUCAAGUUUUACUAAAAAAAGAGAAGCAACUUACAACUUUUCUUACUUUGAGAAGCUAGGGCUUGGGCUUGAACAAAUCAUGAUAGAUCUAAGCCACGACUUUCCUAUCAGACCCCUACUUUCUGAAAUUAUCAAAGAAAUUCAGAUGAUUAAUUCAGAGACUCUUCAAAACCUAACUUUGCAACUUGCCCAUUUUUUUGAAAGCCUGGGCUCAUCGUCAUUGAACACAUCCAAAGUCAUUGAAGAUUUUCUAUUGGUCGUAAAAAAUUGGCUUCGUAAACGGGCAAAGGAAGAUGAUUCUGGAAUGAUUCAAACAUUAUUUCUUCUUAUGGCCAAUGAGAGUUCAACUGAUGAUCUCGCUUUGUUGACCAAAGAUAUUGCUACCUUCUUGAGUUUUCUCAAAACCAUUUCUAGGGAAGAUAAUUUUGAUAUUGCCCAUCUUACUCAGCUGCUAAGCCAAGAGCAGCUAACUAAUUUCUCACUCAUUCAAUUCCUUUUUGAAAGUUUCCUAAUUAAUUCGAUCAGUAAGUUAGCUGGGAGUUCUCCAGAGGCAGCUUUAAAUUCAAGUGAUACUGACCUUCACAUAAUGAAUUUCAUGAAGCUCACCUUGAACCAGACACAGUCAGAAAAUGGUGAGAGAAUAAUCCUCCCUCCAAGAAGCAUAGCGGAUUUCAUAGAACAGGUUUUAAAAACAUUUUUCUCAUUUUUACUAGAGGAAAAUUCUGAGAAUAGAGUAUCUCUUCUGCUAAAAGCCUUCCAUAAAGACAUCAUUGCAAAGUUGAGUUUUGUCCCAGAGGAUAAAAUUCUAGAGAUUCUGACACCAAAUCAAUUUCUUACCACCUCAAAAGAAGACAGACUGAUGAGCAUUUUCUCAAGUUUAAAGGAGAUCCUAAAUCAUCUAAUCACAAGUUCAUUUAUUUUAGACAAUGGAAAAUUUUAUUUUGAUCAUCAUCAAGGACUGAAGUUCAUGAGAGGUUUAUUUAAUGCUCUUCUAAGGGAAACCCCAGGGAAAAAUAAGACCGAAAAUAAUUUGGAGUUUCUUGCGGUCAUGAGUCAGUUGCUCUUUCACACGAACAGCUCUGAGGAUCUCCUCCAACUCAGUCACAAUCUUAGGUCAGCUCUUCAACUUGUGAGAGGAAGUUCUACGGAGCUAGCACGUCUCAUGGAUAUACUGGUAAACUCUCCUCACGAGGGUUUCCGUGACUUGUAUCCUACACUCCGAGAAGUUAUACUUUCCAAUCUAACUGGUUUGCUUUCCUUUAUAAAUAAUUCAUUCCCUCUAAGAAACAGGGCAACAUUAGACAUUAUUAAGAGAUUGCUUGGUGUUAUCUCAAGGGCUGGUGGAGAAAGUGGUGCCCCAGAGCCCCUCUUGGAAAUGUCUGAUACCCUGACCAUGCUGGUGAGGGACAUCGCUGAGAUGAGAGAUCUUGCCACCUCGGUGACCUCCACUGUGGAACUUGUGGGGCUAGCCACGAAAGUUGCCAGGAAGAUGGCCACCAUAUUUGAAAUUCAUUCCAUCUCCAAUACCACUGACACUAUGAAAUUCUUUGGCAGUCUCUAUCCCGUUUUGCGACAAAGUGUUCAAAACGUUGUGAGUGAAUUAACUACUUUGAAGAAUGUGGACCAUUUAUUAUCUGAAAAUAUAAACGACUUGUUGACACCAUUUCUUGACUUGGCUUUUGGGAUGAUUGGGGUCAAACUUAAUAUUUCACAAGACUCUGAUAUUGUCAACAUGUCUUCAAGCACAUUCUCAUAUGUGAACCAGUCCAAGGACUUUUCUGAUAUUUUGAAAGAAAUUGCUGAAUUUUUAACUUCUGUGAAAAGCAAUUUGGGAGCCAUGGAGCAUCUUGUGGUAGCUUUUAAUAAUGGGACUAGAAUAUUUGCUAUGGAUUCUGUCAAUGCAUGGGAAGAAAUUUUGGAUUCCUUAGUUCCUAUAAAUAAUAUCAUCAACCAGAUAGACUUCUUACAUCCUAAUCCCCUUCCCACUCAUAGUUACCCUCAAGAUACAAUGUGGGAAAGAACCCAGGAAGUGAUCCUGUUUUUGGAUGAAAUGCUAUCACAAGACAGCAUGGAAAUUGGGACUUACUUGAGAAAGGCGAUUGAUCUCACCUUGGAAGCUCUUUGGAGUAACUUAGAGAAGGAUGACUGGAGUGUCUAUAACCUGUUGCUGACAUUAGCUCAGCAUCCAGAUAACUUUUUGAAAGCCAUAGAAACAGCUGGGGAGGUCUCUGGUGCAAGAGAUGAUCUGAGUGGAGCUUUGUUUUCCAACACCUCUCUGAUUCAGAACAUAACUCAUCAACGGCUUGAAGAAGCAGUCCAGGUCAUGUUAAGGAGAAUGGCUCUCUUGAGGAAGGAACUUCCCCUAAACAACUCUCAGUGGAGAAAUUCCAGGAGAACUUUGUUCCAGCCCAUUUUUGAGAGUUUUAUUAAUGCAACCACUGGAAAGAAGAUCACAUCAGGAAAAGAAGAGAGGACCAAAAAGGAGAUGGCUGAUUUUCCUUACAUCCUCAAGCCGUUACCAAGUUUCGAGCAAUUCCUGAAGGGAUUAAUUGCAUUGACGGAGUAUUGGCAAGAGGUCCCGCUGAUGGAUCAAAGUGUGGAAAUGUGUCAGAUGUUCCAGCAGCUUCAGAAGCCCCCGGAAGCCAUCACGACUCUGCAGAAAGUGACGGUGCUGUUUCUCCGUGGGUUCGUCAUUUUUGCAGAAAACCCUUCCUUGACCAAGGACAUGCUGUGUGCUGUUCUGAGCUGCAAACAAGGUGGGACGCGGAGUCUGAUCUUACCUGCUCUCCAGGGGGCCGCCGUGGUGCACGACCACUACCAGGACAUACAAAAGAUGUGGUCCUCACCCCUUCCGCUGAAUUGUGAAGGUCUCAGCAGGAAUCUUUCUAGCUCCUUGGAAAGCUUCAAGAGCAGCCUGGAACACGCCACCGACCGGGACUGUGAAUGCCCGCCGCUGUUGGACUUGGCUCGGCAGCAUGUGCGCACGUUGGCCCAGAGCCUCGAGAAGACCUGGUUGUCUGGGAAUCCCGUGCUGACCUUUCUUAGCAAUCUCACAGUGACGGGGGAUGUAAAAGUCAAAGAUUUGAUGCAGAACAUCUCCAAGCUAACCCACGAGCUUCGCUCUUCCAUCCACAUCUCAGACGAGACUAUCCACAGUAUUCUAGAAGCCAACAUCUCCCGUUCACAGGUGCUCUUGAGUACCCUCCUGGUGGCCGGGUCUGGAAGGUGUGAUGCAGACGUUCUCCGCCUGCUGGUGGCUCUUCCUGAGGACCGGAAGUCUUGGUUUGCAGCCAAGGAACUGUGCAGCCUGCCCGGGCCCCACGUGUAUUCUCUGAUCGUGUCCAUGACUGAGAACCUGAAUCUACGCAAUGUCAUUUACAAAAUUCUGAUGCCUUUGGAAGCCCACAGUGCACUUGGCUCCUUGUUGGAUGUGGUCUCCAGACUCAGCCACCUGCUUGCCAAAGCUGGCCACAUUCUGGAAUACCUCCCCAAAUUUCUUCAGGCGUAUAAGAUCACUGCCUUGCUAGACAUGCCCGACUUCCAACAGGCUCCACAACAUGGGGAGGCCAGAAGUUCAGCAUUUGGUUCUUUCCAGUUCAUGAUGAAGAAGGUUUGCAAGGAGCAAGCGUCAUUCUUCAGCGGCUCUAACUCAUUCAUUAGCUUGCCCAGAGUUAACGAGCUCCUGGGAGGGGACAAAGAAAAAUUCAACAUUCCUGAAGAUUCAACACCAUUUUGCUUGAACCUCUAUCAAGAAAUUCUGCAGUCUCCAAACGGCGCUUUGGUGUGGUCUUUCCUAAAACCUAUAUUACACGGAAAAAUACUGUACACACCAAAUACCCCAGAGAUUAAUGAGGUCAUUCAAAAGGCAAAUUAUACUUUCCAUUUCGUGCACAAGCUAAAGACUUUAACAGAAACACUGCUGAAAACGUCUGGCAUUUUUCAGAACAGUGGGAGUGGCCAGAUGCUCAGCCAACUGCAGGAAGCCCUGAGGAACAAAUUUAUAAGAAACUUUGUAGAGAGCCAACUGCACAUUGAUGUUGACAAGCUGACGGAAAAGCUCCAGACUUACGGAGGGAAGCUGGACAAGAUGUUUGCUCAUGGGGGCGCCGGACGCGUCCGCUUCCUUGGCGGUAUCUUGGUCAACCUCUCCUCCUGCGUGUUGCUGAACCGUUUCCAGGCACUGGAUUCUGUCGCCAGCCUGGAGUCGAAAGCCCGUGAGCUCAUGCGGCAGAACAGCUUUUUGGCCAGUGUCAUAUUCAACACUUCCCUGGCCGGCAGGAACCGGGCGGCCCUGUCUCGGCAGCUGCCACCCCAUGUCACCUACACCAUCCGGACCAGCAUCUUAUACAGCAUGAGGACGGACUUGGUGAAAAACCCUUCCUGGAAGUUUCAUCCUCAGAGCCUGCCGGCUGAAGGGUUCAAGUACAACUACAUCUUUGUCCCUUUGCAAGACAUGAUCGAAAGAGCCAUCAUCUCGGUGCAGACCGGGCAGGAGGCCGGGGAGCUGGCCACGCAGACUCAGGCCAUCCCAUACCCAUGCCACACCAGGGACCUAUUUCUGAACAAUGUCGGCUUCUUUUUCCCUCUGAUAAUGAUGCUGACAUGGAUGGUGUCUGUGGCCAGCAUGGUCCGAAAGCUGGUUUACGAGCGAGAGAUCCAGGUAGAAGAGUACAUGAGGAUGAUGGGCGUGCACCCCACUGUCUUCUUCCUGGCCUGGUUCCUGGAGAACCUGGCCGUGUUGGCCUUAAGCAGCGCCGCCCUGGCUGUCAUUCUCAAAGCGAGCGGCAUCUUCGCGCACAGUAACGCCUGUAUUGUUUUCCUCUUUCUCCUGGACUUUGGGGUGUCGAUCAUCAUGAUGAGUUACUUCCUGAGUGUGUUUUUCAGCCAAGCGAACACGGCUGCCCUCUGUACUAGCCUGGCGUAUAUGAUCAGCUUUCUGCCCUACAUAGUGCUGUUGGUUCUCCAUAACCAACUGAGUGUUGUCAUUCAGAUGUUUCUGUACCUGCUCUCCACCACCGCCUUUGGACAAGGAGUGUUUCUCAUCACCUUCCUAGAAGGGCAAGAAGCAGGGGUUCAGUGCGAUAACAUAUACCAGACUCCGGAACAAAUGGGCAUGACAUUUGGCUGGGUUUGCUGGAUGAUUCUCUUUGAUUCAGGCCUUUAUUUUUUAUGUGGAUGGUACUUGAGCAACUUGAUUCCUGGAACGUUCGGUUUAAGGAAACCAUGGCAUUUUCCCUUUACCGCAUCCUACUGGAAGAAUUUGUGUGGGUUAGUGGCAAAAAGACCACAUGCGCCUGGUUCUGACCUGUCCUUCAUCAAUGAGCACUUUGACAAUAAAGGUUCCUUGUUGCAGAACGGGGAGGGAAAGUCUGGAGGAGGACCCCCGGGCGUCGCCCUGGUGUCCGUGACCAAGGAGUACGAGCCCCACAAGGCGGCCGUCCAAGAUCUGACCCUCACCUUCCACAGAGACCAGAUCACUGCCCUGCUGGGGACCAACGGCGCCGGGAAAACCACCGUCAUAUCCAUGCUGACGGGACUCUACGCUCCCACUUCUGGAACCAUCAUCAUCAAUGGCAAGAACCUGCAGACAGACUUGUCCUCCAUCAGAAGGGAGCUGGGCGUGUGUCCACAGCAGGAUGUCCUAUUCGACAACCUCACUGUCCGGGAGCACCUGCUUCUCUUUGCCUCCAUAAAGGCUCCGCAGUGGACCUGGAAGGAGCUGCGUCAGCAAGUCAGUAGAACUCUCGAGGAUGUGGAGUUAACACAGCAUCAGCACAAACAGACCCGCGUCCUGUCCGGAGGCAUGAAGAGGAAACUGUCCGUUGGUAUUGCCUUCAUCGGCACAGCGAGGACCGUGGUUCUGGACGAGCCCACCAGCGGGGUGGACCCUUGCUCGCGCCGCGGCAUCUGGGACAUUCUCCUCAAGUACCGCGAAGGUCGGACGAUCAUCUUCACAACCCACCACCUGGACGAGGCGGAAGCACUCAGCGACCAUGUGGCCUUCUUGCAGCAGGGCCGGCUGCGCUGCUGUGGGCCCCCCUUCUGCCUGACUGAAGCCUACGGCCAGGGGCUCAGCCUGACGCUCACCAAACAGCCUUCUGUUCUGGAGGCCGAUGACCCGAAGGACAUUGCCCGAGCCACGUCUCUGAUACAGUCCUACAUCCCGCAAGCUUUCCUCAAAGACAGCAGUGGCCGGGAGCUCGUCUACAGUGUUCCCCAGGGUGCGGACAGGGCCUGCUUCAAAGGGCUCUUCCAGGCCCUGGAACAGAACCUUCACAGUCUGCACGUGACGGGCUUCGGGAUUUCAGACACCACGCUGGAGGAGGUGUUCCUGAUGCUUUUGCAAGGUUCCAAGAAGCAAUCGGGGGCUGAGUUGGAGCUGCAGGACCAGAAGCCUCCAGAGCGUGCUCCUGGCUACGGUGGCCCCCCGGCAGAGACCCCGCCCGCAGGGGGCAGCCCGCGGCCUCUGGCUCAGGCCACGGCCCUCCUGGUCAAGAGGCUCUGGCACACGUGCCGGGCCUGGAAAGUCACCCUCUCCAACCUGCUGCUGCCCGUCCUCUUCGUGGCCUUGGCCAUGGCCUUGUUCAUGGUGAGGCCUCUGGCCACUGACUACCCUCCCCUCAAACUAACACCGGGCCAUUACGACAGGGCCGAAGCUUACUUUUUCAGCAGCGGCAGCGGCAGCGUGGGCCAGGAGCUCGCCCACGUGCUUUUGCGGAAGUUUGGAGAUCAGGAUCCGCUCUGUGCUGAUUUAAACCCAGACCUGAAGAAUUCUUCAUGCUGGCGUGUAGAUCCCCUGUCUCAGCCACGAGUGCAGGAUUCCUGCGGCUGCCUGAAGUGUCCAAACGCAAGUGCUGGGGCUCCCUACCUGACUAACCACCUGGGCCACACUCUGCUGAACCUGUCAGCCUUCCACCUGGAGGAGUAUUUGCUGGUGCCGUCGGAGAGACCGAGGCUUGGAGGCUGGUCUUUCGGAGUGCAGAUCCCUGAUCAAGUUCAAGAGGCAAAACCAAAUACAUCGCAACCAGACACUCUGGUGAAGGUGUGGUACAAUCAGAAGGGCUUUCAUUCCCUACCUUCAUACUUAAAUCAUCUGAACAACCUUAUACUGUGGAGACACUUACCCCCUGACCAGGACUGGAGAAAAUAUGGGAUAAUGCUCUACAGCCAUCCGUACGGAGGGGCCUUGCUGAACGAGGACAAGAUCCUGGAGACCAUCCGUCAGUGUGGUGUCGCGCUCUGCAUCGUGCUGGGCUUCUCCAUCCUGUCUGCGUCGAUCGGCAGCGCCGUGGUGAGGGACAGGGUGAGCGGAGCCAAGAGGCUGCAGCACGUCUGUGGCCUGGGCUACAGAACGUAUUGGCUCACCAACUUCCUGUAUGACAUGGUCUUCUACUUGGUUGCCGUGAGCCUGUGUGUCACCAUCAUCGUCGCCUUCCAGUUAACAGCGUUUACUUUCCGCGAGAACUUGGCAGCCACGGCUCUCCUGCUGGCACUUUUCGGCUACGCAACUCUCCCGUGGAUGUAUCUGAUGUCCAGAAUCUUCUCGAGUUCGGACGUGGCGUUCAUCUCUUACGUGUCCCUGAACUUCAUCUUCGGGCUCUGCACCAUGCUGAUGACCAUCAUGCCCCGGCUGCUCGCCACCGUCUCCAAAGCUCAGAAUUUACAGAACAUCUAUGAUGUCCUCAAGUGGGUCUUCACCAUUUUCCCUCAGUUCUGCCUGGGUCAGGGACUGAUAGAACUCUGUUACAAUCAGAUCAAAUAUGACCUGACCCACAACUUUGGCAUCGAUUCCUACGUGAGCCCCUUUGAGAUGAACUUCCUGGGCUGGAUCUUCGUGCAGUUGGCCUCGCAGGGCACGGUGCUUCUCCUCUUGAGGAUUUUGCUGCACUGGGACCUUCUGCAGCGGCCACGGGGUCAGUCUGCCAUCCAGGGCACACUCACAUCCUCCAAGGACCUAGAUGUUGAAAAAGAGCAGAUAAGAGUGUUGAAAGGAAGAACCAGUGAAGACCUUCUUGUGUUACACAACCUUAGUAAAAGCUACGGAAGCUGCUUUAAGAGGACCACUGCUGUGCGAGAUAUUAGUUUGGGCAUACGAAGAGGAGAGUGCUUUGGGCUCCUGGGGCCCAACGGGGCUGGGAAGAGCACCACAUUCAAGAUGCUGAACGGGGAUGCCCCACCGACCUCAGGACAUGCCGUCGCCAGGACUCCCACAGGAGAGGUCAUGGAUCUGUCUUUGGCGGGCGCAGCGGGUGUUCGCAUUGGCUACUGUCCGCAGCAGGACGCCCUGGACGAGCUCCUGACCGGCUGGGAACACCUGCAGUAUUAUUGCUGCCUCCGUGGGAUUCCCAAGCCGAGCAUCCCUCAGGUUGCCGGGGACCUCGUGAGGCGUCUACACUUGGAGGGCCAUGUGGACAAACUGGUGGCCACCUACAGUGGGGGUACCAAGCGGAAGCUCUCUAUGGCCCUGGCCCUGCUGGGCAAACCUGACCUGCUCUUGUUGGACGAGCCCAGCUCCGGGAUGGACCCCUGCUCCAAGCGCUACCUGUGGACUACAAUAAUGCAGGAGGUUCGGGGAGGCUGUGCGGUGGUGCUGACCUCCCACAGCAUGGAGGAGUGUGAGGCUCUUUGCACGAGACUUGCCAUCAUGGUCAAUGGCAGCUUCAGGUGCCUUGGCUCUCCCCAGCACAUUAAAGACAGGUUUGGUGAUGGUUAUUCAUUGAAGAUUUGGCUCCAUCAGGAAACAAAUCUGCACAGCGUGAUUUCUGACUGCUUGAAGCUCCAUUUUCCAGGGAUCCAGUUUAAGGGACAGCGCCUUAAUUUAUUGGAAUAUCAUGUGCCAAAACGAUGGCAAUGCUUAGCCGACCUGUUCCGAGUCUUAGAGAACAACAAGACCUUCCUGAAUAUCAAACAUUACUCCAUUAACCAAACCACUUUGGAACAGGUAUUUAUUAAUUUCGCUACUGAACAACAGAAAUCCUCACAAUCUACUGUGGCUACACCUACUGGCUCUCACCAGCCACCUCACCUGCUUAUCUAA